UGUUGGUCAGGUUCAGUCGGUGAUGUUGUGGAGAAGCUGCUGCUGCUGCUGAUCAUCACUGGAUACGAACGAGUACAAACCAAAAACUGCAAUAUUGGGGUUUUGGCUUGAGUCGCAACCAUGUCUCGGGGGUCUAUUGAAAUCCCUCUGCGGGACACAGAUGAGGUUAUUGAGCUUGACUUUGACCAGCUUCCAGAAGGAGAUGAAGUCAUCAGUAUCCUCAAACAGGAACACACACAGCUGCACAUAUGGAUUGCACUCGCUUUGGAGUACUACAAACAAGGCAAGACGGAAGAUUUUGUCAAGUUGCUGGAGGCGGCUCGCAUUGAUGGAAAUCUUGAUUACAGAGACCACGAGAAGGACCAGAUGACGUGUUUGGAUACACUGGCAGCUUAUUAUGUCCAGCAGGCUCGAAAAGAGAAGAACAAGGAUGCAAAGAAGGACCUCAUCAACCAGUCCACUCUUCUGUACACCAUGGCAGACAAGAUCAUCAUGUAUGAUCAGAACCAUCUGCUGGGAAGAGCUUGCUUUUGUCUCCUGGAAGGAGAUAAGAUGGAUCAGGCAGACGCUCAGUUUCAGUUUGUACUUAACCAGUCAACAAACAACAUCCCUGCACUCCUGGGUAAAGCAUGUAUCUCUUUCAACAAAAAGGAUUACAGAGGGGCUCUAGCCUACUACAAAAAAGCUCUUCGCACUAACCCUGGCUGUCCAGCCGAGGUGAGACUAGGCAUGGGCCACUGCUUUGUCAAGCUCAACAAACUAGAGAAAGCUCGAUUGGCAUUUGGCAGAGCCCUGGAGCUCAACUCCAAAUGUGUGGGAGCUUUGGUGGGUUUGGCUGUGCUGGAGCUCAACAGCAAAGAGGCCGACUCCAUCAAGAACGGGGUGCAGCUGCUUUCCAGAGCCUACACCAUUGACCCCAGCAACCCCAUGGUGCUCAAUCACCUCGCCAAUCAUUUCUUCUUCAAGAAGGACUACAGCAAAGUGCAGCAUCUGGCUCUUCAUGCUUUUCACAACACCGAGGUAGAGGCUAUGCAAGCAGAGAGCUGCUAUCAGUUAGCUCGUUCCUUCCACGUCCAGGAGGACUACGACCAGGCCUUCCAGUACUAUUACAUUUUUGUUUCUGACCAUCCUGACGCCUGGUCACUGAUUGGUAACCUUCACUUGGCGAAGCAAGAGUGGGGUCCCGGGCAGAAGAAGUUUGAACGCAUCCUUAAGCAGCCCUCCACUCAGAACGACACUUACUCGAUGCUGGCGUUGGGUAACGUGUGGCUCCAGACGCUGCAUCAACCCACUAGAGACCGAGAAAAGGAAAAGCGGCACCAGGAUCGAGCUUUGGCGAUCUACAAACAAGUUCUGAGGAAUGAUGCCAAAAAUCUAUAUGCUGCCAAUGGCAUAGGUGCUGUGUUGGCACAUAAGGGUUAUUUCCGAGAGGCACGGGAUGUUUUUGCCCAGGUCCGAGAGGCCACGGCAGAGAUCAGUGAUGUCUGGCUGAAUCUCGCACACAUCUAUGUGGAGCAGAAGCAGUACAUUAGUGCAGUGCAGAUGUAUGAAAACUGUUUGAAGAAAUUCUACAAAUAUCAGAACACAGAGGUACUGCUGUAUCUGGCCCGAGCGCUCUUCAAAUGUGGCAAGCUGCAGGAGUGUAAACAUACUCUUCUGAGGGCCCGGCAUGUGGCUCCCAGUGACACAGUGCUGAUGUUUAAUGUGGCGCUGGUGCUGCAGAGGUUGGCCACUCUGGUGCUGAAGGACGAGAAGAGUAAUCUGAAGGCUGUAUUGAGUGCGGUGAAAGAGCUGGAGUUGGCUCACAGGUACUUCAGCUACCUCAGUAAGGCUGGGGACAAAAUGAGAUUCGACCUUGCGCUGGCUGCAAGCGAAGCCAGGCAGUGCUCUGAUUUGCUAAGCCAGGCUCAAUACCAUGUGGCCCGAGCUCGGAAACAAGAUGAGGAGGAGAAGGAGCACCGCGCCAAACAGGAGCAGGAGAGAGACCUGCUGCGGCAGCAGAUGCUGAAAAAACAGGAGGAGAGGAAGAGCAAAGAGGCCGAGGAGCAGAAGAAACUGCUCGAGCAGAGAGCCCAGUAUGUGGAGAAGACCAAGAGCCUGCUCAACUUCUCAGAGGCCAUGAAAGCAGCGAAGGAGAAGAAGAAAGGAGGCAGUGGACGGCGCAAGAAAGGAGGCGACUUUGAUGACUUUGUCAAUGAUGACUCUGAUGAGGACCUGCCAGUCAAGAAAAAGAAGAAGAAAGCUGGGAGUGGCAGUGAAGUUGAGGAUGCCGAGGAGGAUGGAGAGAAGAAAGCCCGUAAAAAGAGGAGGAGACCGGCUAAACGAGAAGAUGAAGGUUCUGAUGAUGAGGAAGGAGGUUCAAGGCCUAAAAAGCAGCGUAAGCCCAGAGAGCGCAAGAGGAACGAGAAGUACAAGCCGGAGCGCAUGCCGCCUUCUCUUAAAGGGAAGAUCAAGUCCAAGGCAAUCAUUUCAUCCUCUGAUUCCUCCUCCGAUGAGGAUGGCCUGAAAAUAGCAGAAGACAGAAACCCCAGGGACAGCGGCUCUGGUUCAGACAACGACGAAGGCCACAGGAAACGCAUUGCUUCUGACAGUGAUUCCAAUGAGGAGCGUAACCAAUCAGGCAGUGAGGCCGGCAGCCCCCAACGCUCUGGAAACUCAGACGAGGAUGAGUCUGGCAGCGAACGCCCGGUGAAGAGGAGGAGACCACAACAGCAGUCCGACUCGGAGCAGUCAGACAACGAGAGCAAGAAGAGCCGCUCUGAAGGGUCUGACGAUGAGUCUCAGGCCAGAUCUCCAGCCGCCGCUUCAGAUCGAGGCUCAGAGAACCAAGGCUCUCCACAGAGGUCCGAUAACGACUCUGAGCCGGAGGGGUCCAACAAUGAAGCCUCCAACAGAGGAUCUGAUGAUGACAGUGACUGAGUUGCUGACCGUUCGGUCGGUUCAGGGGAAAAAAAGCCUUUGUUGUUGUAAUGUAAUGUUCAGAUCAUAGUACGUAGUUAAGUGUCUUCCUGGAUAAUGUUUCUCGGAUUUUACACAAUGUUUUUGCUUUUAUUUUUCAAAAAUGAGAAUGGUGUUUUCUGUUCAGUCUUUUGAGUAAGAAACGUUCGAAACCUCUUUAGCAGGCAUUACAGCAUAUAAUGAGCUCCGUAGUCUAAAGGGACAAUCACACGCUGUGAUUCAGAGUUGGUGUACAAUAUGAAAUACCUUUUGAGUAAAAAAUAUUUUGAAACAU